UGGCCAGCAGAGUCGAAUUACAUCCCAGAUGUUCCAUGUGGUAACACCAGUCGGAUUGGUCGGUGUUGAUCCAAUAUUUAAUGAAGACAUGGUACCAUCUCAGACCACCCAGAUUGCCAUUUGAUCAGAUCAAUGGAAUCUAUAUUCAGUAUCUACCAGUCGUCAGAGUUGCUGUCCAACCAAAGAAUCCAGGAGAUUUACCAAAAUUAGUCGAUGGAUUAAAGAAAUUGUCAAAAUCAGAUCCAUUAGUGUUAUGCACAACUGAAGAAUCAGGAUAAAACGUUGUUGCCGGAUGUGGUGAAUUACACGUUGAAAUCUGUUUGAAUGAUUUAGAAAAAGACUUUGCAGGUAUUGAACUCAUCAAAAUCCUGACCCAAUCGUCUCAUACAAGGGAAACCGUAUCUGCUACUUCAAACAUUGUUUGCAUGUCUAAAUCACCAAAUAAGCACAACAGAAUUUAUGCUUAAGCUACACCAUUACAUGAAAAUUUACCAGAUGCUAUUGAAAAAGGAUAAGUCACACCAAAAGAUGAACCAAAACUCAGAGCCAAAGCACUUAAUGAAGAAUAUGCAUUGGGAUAAGGAUGA